UUAAAUUAUUAUUAUUACAGUAAAAUUUAAUUAGCCCUGUGGUUAAAAUGUCUUCUUAUCCGUUAUUUCCGAAAUUAACCCCUAAAUUAAUCGACCCCGCUUGGUUUGGGAUGGAUAAAUCGUUCGAUGAAGACGCUGAGGUGACCCAAUUGGAACAGGAGCAUCAAAAAUGGCUUAGUUCGAUAGCACAACGUUACAGCAAUGUAACCCCGAUUGGAAAAUCAGCUUCUGAGAAUCUCGAGGAGGAUGAGGAGGAGGACGACGAAGAUGAUAACGAGGAUGACGAAGAAUCUGAAAGCUUAGACGGCGAUGAUGAGGAUGAGAUUGAAAUGGAUAUGUCUCAGGCGGAGAGUAAUUCCCCUAUGGUUGGAAUGUAAUUUGUAUUAAUAAUAUUUUGCUUUAUUUAUUGGUUGAGUCGUUUAAUGGAAUCAAAAUCAAUCUU